AUGGCUCCGCAACGAAGUACGACCACUGCACCGGCGACACCGUCGCCCGCCGCGCGGUCCCCGCCGCCGUAUUCGGCCAUCCGAGGGUCGCCGACACCGACUUUUUCGUGGAGCGACGUCGUGUGGGGGAACGUGGUCGUGAUGACAGCAUGGCACGUGGGAGCAGCGUACGGCGCGUUCUACGUGAUGCCCGAGGCGUCGUGGGGGGCGAUUCUCGUGCUGUGGGUGAGCUUUUGGUUCUGGUCGGCGCUGGGUGUGACGGCGGGCUCGCACCGGUUGUGGUCGCACCGGUCGUACAAGGCCAAGUUGCCGCUCCAGGUUUUCCUCAUGCUCUUGAGCAGCAUGGCGUACCAAAACAGCAUCUUCGAGUGGUCUCGAGACCACCGCGUGCACCACAAAGGAUCGGACACGACCGCAGACCCGCACAACUCGAACCGGGGCUUCUUCUUUGCCCACAUGGGGUGGCUGCUCAUGCGCAAACAUCCCGACGUGUUCAAGGAAAGCAAAAAGAUCAACAACACCGACCUCGAAACGGACCCGAUCGUCCAGUUCCAGAAGCGACACUACCAACUCAUUGCGCUCAGCAUGUGCUACGGAUUCCCCACCGUCGUGGGCUACGCUUUUGGAUCGGCGGCGUCUUCCGCCACGUGUGGCUCCUUCACAUGA